CGGCCCAGGCGCGCGGCUGGGAGCGUUUCCGGACGGCUAGAGGCGGGAGCGGCUGGGCUGAGGGCGGCGCUCGAGGCCCGAGUGGCCCAAGUGUGCGCGGCGUCCUGCGAAGUCUGCUAAGUGUUGAGGAACAGGCAGGCAGUCACACGAAUGGGAACAGGAAGAUGGUACAGAUUGGAAGACAGUGACAUGGUGGAGGCCUGGGGUUCGCCCCACAGCAGGCUCACCGUUACCAUAUUGUGUGGCUGUGUCCUUGCUGGGCUGAGGUGCUUGCGAGGAUCGACGCCUCCUCACAGGAGUUCACGUGAAGAAAGGAGCUGAUCACCCAUGAACUUGCACAGGCAGAGUCCCUGGCCUGCUUCCGUGGCCCACCAUGACUCCAGUAGUCUUCAGACGACGGGAAACUGGACCGACAAGGCCACCUACCUCUGGGCAGUCUGGCCUUGGCCUGGACUCCUCCCUGGCCUCCUGGGGCCACCUCUGCUUCUGCCCGAGGCCCUGUCCAUGGCCACAGCUGGGUCAAGAUGGCCACUGGUGGCCAGUGCUGCCCUGCUACACUUCCACUCUGAGGCAGGGACACUGAUCCCUGGCUGGCAGCUGUCAUGCAGGCAGCAAGAGGGGAGCCUGGAAAGCCAGCCUUGCAAGAUGAAGACAAUGAAGCUCAAAAUGAGAGUGAAGAUGCGGGGCGCCUGGCUGGCUCAGUCGUUAAGCAUCUGCCUUCAGCUCAGGAUGAGAGGAGCCAGGCUGAUGGGGGCACUGCUCACCCUGGCUGGCCUGCUGCGGGUGGCCCUGUUCCUGAAAAUAGCAGCCUUCAACAUCCGAACUUUUGGGGAGACCAAGAUGUCCAAUGCCACGCUCUCCCACUACAUCGUGCAGAUCCUGAGUCGCUACGACAUUGUUGUCAUCCAGGAGGUCAGAGACAGCCACCUGACAGCCAUGGGGAAGCUGCUGGACAUACUCAAUCGGGAUGACCCCAACACCUAUCAGUUCGUGGUCAGUGAGCCCCUGGGCCGGAACAGCUACAAGGAACAGUACCUCUUCUUGUUCAGACCCAACCAGGUGUCCGUACUGGACAGCUACCAAUAUGACGACGGCUGCGAGCCCUGCGGGAACGACACCUUCAGCCGCGAGCCCACCAUCGUCCUGUUCCACUCCCCGUUCACCGCGGUCCAGGCCUUCGCCAUUAUUCCCCUGCAUGCGGCCCCCUUGGACGCCGUGGCGGAGAUGGACUCGCUCUAUGACGUCUACUUGGAUGUCCGGCAGAAGUGGGACCUGGAGGACAUCAUGCUCAUGGGCGACUUCAAUGCUGGCUGCAGCUACGUGGACCCCUCCCAGUGGGCCUCCAUCCGCCUGCGCACGAACCCGGCCUUCCAGUGGCUGAUUCCUGAUACCGCAGAUACCACGACUACGGCCACGCACUGUGCCUACGACAGGAUCGUGGUGGCAGGAACGCUGCUCCAGCAUGCCAUCGUUCCAGACUCGGCCACCCCCUUUGACUUCCAGGCUGCCUACGGCCUGAGCAGCCAGCUGGUAGGUGUCCUCCCUUAUGUGCUUCAGCUUUGCUGGGACCCCAGGACUUCUGGCAGUCUCUGUAUCAACCUCUGCCACUGGGACUAGCAUGUGGUGUGCGGAGGGGGGGGGGUACCAUGUGCAGAGUGGGCCGUGCACCCGUCCUCACUAUGCGUUUCCCCACAGGCCAAGGCCAUUAGCGACCAUUACCCAGUUGAGGUGAUGCUAAAGACGGUUUGAUGUGACUGGGGCCCGGGCUGGUGACCUCUACCCUCUCCAGCUUGCCUGUCCUCAUGGUAAUUUUCCUCUGAGCACCCUCCCCCACUGUUCCCCGAAGGAAGUAGACCUGGCACUACCUCUGCUUCCAGCAUGAGCAAGGGCCUUGUGGCAACCGAGCUACUCCCUGCCUUUGCAGUCCAGACACAAGUUUACCAUUUAGAGUAACAAAUGCUUUUAAGCUAAAUAAAGCUCAAAGGGGGUGUUGUCA